UUCUGUCACCCGGUCCUCUACACCCGGCCCCCACCCCGACACCCAGAAGGGCCCCCCCGGCCCAACCCGCGGCCCGGCCAAGAGACACCCGAAAGCCCCCGGCCUCCCAGUUCAACCCAGCAAAAUGGUGGCCAUCGACUGCGAGAUGGUGGGCACGGGGCCGGGGGGUCGUACCAGCGCCCUGGCCCGGUGCAGCAUCGUGGGGUACCACGGCGACGUGAUGUACGACCGCUACGUCCGCCCCCCCGCCCCCGUCGUGGACUAUCGCACCCGCUGGAGCGGCAUCCGCCCCCACCACAUGGACAGCGCCGUCCCCUUCCUCACGGCCCAGAGAGAGAUCCUGCGCAUCCUCUCCGGGAAGGUCGUCAUCGGCCACUCCAUCCACAACGACUUCAAGGCCCUCAAGUAUUUCCACCCCAAAGCUCUCACCCGGGACACCUCCAAAAUCCCCCUCCUGAACCGCAAGGGGGGGUUCCCCGAAAACGUCGCCAUCUCCCUGAAACGGCUCACCAAGGCCCUGCUGCACCAGGACAUCCAGGUGGGGAGCAGUGGUCACUCCUCGGUGGAGGACGCCCGAGCCACCAUGGAGCUCUACAAGGUGGUGGAAACGGAGUGGGAGCAACACCUGAUGCAGAACCCCCAGCAGGAGUGAUGGCCCCCGCAGUAGGGGAGGGGGGGGGGCCCUGAACCCCCCCAAAAAGGAGCCCUGAGCCCCCCCCCAGGGGGGCCGGUCCGUCCGUCCGUCCGGGGACGAACAUGGAGCCCGGAGCCACCGACGCUGUUUCGCUCCGUGUCCCCCCCCCACAGCCAGGGAUGUGGGGGAUAGUUUGGGG